GUGGCUUUAUUCGUGCCUGUCUGCCUGUCUUUCUGUCUGUCGUGGGUGUGGGACUCAUGCGUGCGGGUCAGUCAAAAGCAACAAGCAAGACAGACAUAGAGAUACAUAUAUAUGGAUGUUGUUAUCCUCGGUUGAUGCGUGACAUGCAGGGCCGUUCACUUCUUCCCCUUCUCCUUAGGCGGCACGUAGUCUGUCAGAUAGACAGCACAGCAACCAGGGAAAGAGACACAAGCGAAAUCAGUCGGUCAACCGUUGUGGCGCCCACGACUGAUAACUAACUGCAUGAAUGCGUACUGACCUUUGUGACCUGGGAAAUAAAGGUGGUGUGUGUGUAUUUCUCUGCCCUUCCUGGCCUCCUUGGCCGCCUUCUUCUCGGCCUUCUUCUCGGCCUUCUUCUCGUCCUUCUCGGCCUCGAAGCCGUAGGUGUAGUCGAAGGACAACUGGUCGAGGGGAAACCACUUAAAAGCGAAUUGGAGGUGCUACACACACACACACAGAUAGAGAGAGAGAGUGUGUGUGUGUGUGUGUGUGAGCAUUCGUCUUUGCACAUCAUCCAUAACAUGCCUGCGUAUGUGCUCACCCCCUUGUCAGAUAUGCAGAUUGGGUCCUCUGAAGUGUUCACUGGAGUGAGCCCCAUCGAGGUGCAACUUUCGAUGCACCAACCCUGCACACACACACGCAGAGAGGGAGAGGGAGAGAGAGAGCACAUCCACUCAUCCAUCCAUGUGUGCAGGCGGCCGUAGCGCAUAUGUGUCUGUCGGUCGGUCGGUCGGUCUGCCCCAUUCACCUUGCCUUCGGAGGGGUGGGCAGGUUUGCCUGUCGUCGAUUGCCCCCAGGUGGUUCUGAGGUACCUGCACGUUCACCCACACACCGCACCCAAUUGACGACAUCACAUAUCCCCUCCCCUCCCCGCCCGCCCCGCCCACGUACACCCGCUCGACGAGACACAUCUUUGGGCGGCCCCCCCUGUCUCUGAGACAGGGUCCCCAUCCUCCUGGGACGUGAUUGUACCCGACGCCGACCAUACUCCAGUGAUGGUGAUGCUCAACUGUCGGUCCGACUGGACCUUCCUCGCACGUACAUCAGAGAAUGACACAGUCACCCAUUGUGCCCAUACAUCGUAGCAGACACCGACUGAUGUGUCCUACGAUGUAUGAAGCCAUCAGAUUGACCUGCAAAGUAGGGGGUCUCUGCGGGGGGGCGGCGGUCGAUCUCGUCUAAAGAAGGCAUAGGCGGAGCGCUGGGGAUUUUUCGUGAGUAGUCGGGGUUCUCUGCGGGGGGGCGGUGGUCGAUCUCGUCUAAAGAAGGCAUAGGCGGAGCGCUGGGGAACUCGGGGUAGAGCCGGGUGUGAUUGGCCGGCUUGUGUUGUUGUUCAAAGUCCAGGAGCACCCAACACGACUCUGCAUCUUCUUUGGGUUUCCGAGGCGGAGGCAUGUUCGAGGUUCUCGCAAAGGGGUGAAUACAGAACUGUCCUUUGCCAUUGACGAGCUUGUGGACGUCACCUCCUGGGCACUUGGACUCAAACAUCAUCGUGUUGAUGAUCGCGUCGAUGCUCUGGCAUUCCCCCUGUACACACAACACAACACAACACACAACACAUAACCGUUCCAUCCAUCCAUCCAUCCAUCCAUCCACACACAGACAAUCUCACUCACCAUGCCGACGGCAGGAGGUCCGUUCAGCUUGUCGAUCACACAUGUCGCCCCCUUUCCCGAGCAAGAUUUUUCCUUCGACUUGUACUUGGCCCCGAUCAGCGUAAAGUAGUGGUUCGCGAUUCUGUCCUUCUCCGGACUGGAGUAUGGCUGCUUCCUCAGUUUUUCCGGCGGCUGCUCCUGUUUCGACUUGUCGUACACGUUGAAGACCACCUCGCACAGGUCCCUGUACGUCUCAUCCUGGAUGAAGGCCCCUGCCACAGAGACGCACAAAAACAACUGUGUCGUGGCACUGUACUUUCGCGUCAGGCUGGCAUUAGGCCGGCCCACUGCGUAUGUAUGUGCACCCACCUGUUUCAGCUGUCCUGAUGGAAGUGGAGCGCCCCGUCUGUUGGAUGGUCGUGGCUAGGUCCUCAAUAGCCGUCACGACAUCGCCCGUUGCCGUGUGUGCGGCGGUGGCCAUCGCGUGGGCGGCGGUACUCGCCGCAUGAGCGGCCUCGGUGAUGCUCUUGGCCUUGCCGAGUGCCGUCUGCAGAUAGGCAGCCGACAUGGAUCCACCUGCAGCCGUCACCCCACCAGAUUGCUGGAUGAAGGCGUUUUCCUCAUCAGAGGGCGGACACGAAGAGGUAUCCGCACCUGCACACACACAAGCCAACAACACUUCCGGUCCAUCCUUACGCAAAGCAGGAACGCGCCAGAUCAACACGUGCACAAGAGCGCCGGGCUUUCGCGCCUACCGAUGCAUCCACCCGUCUGUAUUUGGCCAGUGCCGUGCAUCGCUCCUCCCACCGCGCCAGCCGCACCGUCCUUGCCCUGGACCGCGUCGGACACCACGUCACUCUCCUUGGAGGUGGGAUGCUUGGCCUUGGCGAGCGUCUGCGUGUCCUCGACGAAGCUGUGAGGGCACGUGGACUUGUUGUUGGUGACAUGGGCUUCGUGUCCCGCCGCCACCUCUUCCACAUUUGAGGCUGCGGCAUUGCAGAACAAGAUGGCCGCCAGGAUGGCAAUAGGCGCCAUGGGAGCAGCUGGGGCGCCGACAAAUAUGACACACGGACC